GGGGGCGGCUCCCCGCGCCGCCUCGGCCUCCUGGGCAGCCCCCUACCGCCGGGCGCGCCCCUCCCCGGGCCGGGCUCGGGCUCCGCCUGCGGCCAGCGCUCCUCGGCCGCGCACAAGCGCUACCGCCGCCUGCAGAACUGGGUCUACAACGUGCUGGAGCGACCCCGCGGCUGGGCCUUCGUCUACCAUGUGUUCAUAUUUUUGCUGGUCUUCAGCUGCCUGGUGCUGUCUGUGCUGUCCACUAUUCAGGAGCACCAGGAACUUGCCAACGAAUGUCUCCUCAUCUUGGAAUUCGUGAUGAUCGUGGUGUUUGGCCUGGAGUACAUCAUCCGCGUCUGGUCGGCCGGAUGCUGCUGCCGCUACCGAGGAUGGCAGGGCCGCUUCCGCUUUGCCAGAAAACCCUUCUGUGUCAUCGGUGAUAAGCCCUGCCCGCCCGCGCCUGACCCCGAGCUGAUCACCGCCUGGUACAUCGGGUUCCUGGUGCUCAUCUUUGCCUCCUUCCUGGUCUAUCUGGCUGAGAAGGACGCCAACUCGGACUUCUCCUCCUACGCCGACUCGCUCUGGUGGGGGACGAUCACACUGACCACCAUUGGCUAUGGUGACAAGACACCGCACACAUGGCUGGGCAGGGUCCUGGCGGCCGGCUUCGCCUUACUGGGCAUCUCCUUCUUUGCCUUGCCUGCCGGCAUCCUGGGCUCUGGCUUUGCCCUGAAGGUGCAGGAGCAGCACCGUCAGAAGCACUUUGAGAAGAGGAGGAUGCCUGCAGCCAACCUCAUCCAGGCUGCGUGGCGCCUGUACUCCACCGACGCGAGCCGGGCCUACCUGACGGCCACCUGGUACUAUUAUGACAGUAUCCUCCCAUCCUUCAGAGAGCUGGCCCUCUUGUUUGAGCACGUGCAACGGGCCCGCAACGGGGGCCUACGGCCCCUGGAGGUGCGGCGGGCGCCGGUACCUGACGGAGCGCCCUCCCGUUACCCGCCCGUUGCCACCUGCCACCGGCCAGGCAGCGCCUCCUUCUGCCCUGGGGAAAGCUGGAGAGAGGAGGAGGCCGCUGGCCACAGGUGCUUACGGCUCAGCAGCCGGAUGGGCAUCAAGGACCGCAUCCGCAUGGGCAGCUCUCAGCGACGGACAGGCCCCUCCAAGCAGCACCUGGCCCCCGCGCCGAUACCGACCUCCCCCAGCAGCGAGCAGGUGGGCGAGGCCGCCAGCCCCACCAAGGUGCCGAAGAGCUGGAGCUUCAACGAUCGCACCCGCUUCCGGGCCUCCCUGAGACUCAAACCCCGCAGCUCUGCUGAGGAGGGCCCCUCGGAGGAAGUGGCAGAGGAGAAAAGCUACCAGUGUGAGCUCACAGUGGAUGACGUCAUGCCCGCUGUGAGGACGGUCAUCCGCUCUGUCAGGAUCCUGAAAUUCCUGGUGGCCAAAAGGAAAUUCAAGGAGACACUGCGACCAUACGACGUGAAGGACGUCAUCGAGCAGUACUCGGCGGGGCACCUGGACAUGCUGGGCCGGAUCAAGAGCCUGCAGGCUCGGGUGGACCAGAUUGUGGGCCGGGGGCCCGGGGACCGGAAGGCCCGAGAGAAGGGAGACAAGGGGCCCUCCGACAUGGAGGCGGUGGAUGAGAUCAGUAUGAUGGGACGCGUGGUCAAGGUGGAGAAGCAGGUGCAGUCCAUCGAGCACAAGCUGGACAUGCUGCUGGGCUUCUACUCGCGCUGCCUGCGCUCCGGCACCUCGGCCAGCCUGGGCACCGUGCAAGUGCCGCUCUUCGACCCCGACAUCACCUCCGACUACCACAGUCCUGUGGACCACGAGGACAUCUCCGUCUCCGCACAGACGCUCAGCAUCUCCCGCUCGGUCAGCACCAACAUGGACUGAGGGGCUUCUCAGGGGCUGGGCAGCACACGGCCGGCCCCUGGGCCUGGCGCUCGGACCCGCCCUCUGAGGCCUCAGGACUCCUCUCUUACUUGAACUUGCUCCCUUGCGGGGAGAGAGGCCGCACGCAGUAUUGGGCUGCCUGGGUAGGCGAGAUACCCACCGUGGGGGUGCCAGCGACCCGCCCCACCUCAGGAGCGUGAGAUGGCAGGCCGCACGGAGGGCGGCAGCAGCGGCUGCCCCGUCGCCUCUGGGCCCCCCAGUGCCCUGCCCGUUCCAUCAAGGCCCGACAUGGCUGGUCUAUCUGGCAGGGGCACUGUCCCGGGAGUGGGAGUGGGGCGCUGGGGUCCUGGGCCCUGACCCAGCUUCCAGCUAUGCAAGGUGAGGUCUCUGGCCCGCCCUUCGGACAGAGCAGGGAAACCCUCCCGCCAAGUCCCCGCCCCACUUGGGGGUGGGCCCAAGGUGCCCAAAGGUACCCACAAGCAUAGGACCCGGUCACAAGGCAGCUGGGCACCAUAUAUGCAAACUAUGUUAAAUAUGCAACUUUGGGGACCCCCAUGGGGUCCCUCUGCCCCUCCCUCGUCGGGAGAUGGGCCCCCAGCAAUAGCUGGUCUCAGGCUGCUUGGCCAUGACCCCCAUCCCUGUUCUUUGGCUUAUGGCCUGCUCGUCACCCAGCACGGGGCCUGUUUCUCCCUUGCCUCCCCAAGGGCAGUGCUUGGGCCUUUCUUCCCAUUUGCAGGUAUCCCCUCCCAGGGGCGCCUUCUUCCUGCUGGAUGUCCACUCCCCUCCUUGGUCCUCUAGACACCUUACAGAACAAGUUUCUGUCUUUGCCUCCAAAUCUCCCAUGGACAGUGCUCCCAUGGUCACACGAAGUUUCCCCGAACACGCAGAAAGUCUCUCACACUUCCUGACACACACAA